UGUGUAGGGUUCGGGUGUUUCCAAAGAAGAUUUGCAUUACGCCACCUAGUUUCGUGAAUUGCACCUCUCACAACCUCUCAUGAAACAUUCUAUAAAUUCGUUCUGAAGUUUUGAGCAUACAAUAAUAGAAAUUACUUAUACCCUCUGAUUUCAUCAGUGUUGCAUCGAGUGGAAUGGAGCGAAGUAUUCAUGAAAUGCUAAAAGAUGCUCCGUCUUUGAAUGAUAACGAUAACGCAGUCCAUAGUGAAACUCCUCCGCCUCAUGUACCAAACAAUUGUAAUAACGAUAGCCAAACUAGACCAGCUACAAUAAAUUUAACAAUGUCUAGUCCUAUGUCACAAACAUCGGUAACAGUAUCUCCAAAUACACCUAUUCAAAAUGGUGAUACUCAAACAAUGCGUACAGCUCAGAGUAAAAUUGAAAGCAUUAAGAAUUGGAGUAUUUCAACUUACAAGUGUACCAGACAGUUAAUGUAUGAAAAACUUGGAAAAACGUCUCGUACAGUUGAUUCUGAGCUGGAAACGCAAAUUGAAUUAUUGAGAGACACUCAAAGAAAAUAUUCCAAUGUUUUACGAUUAUCUAGAGCACUAGCUUCUCAUUUUCAUCAUGUUGUUCAAACACAACAUGCUCUUGGGGAAGCAUUUUCGGAAUUAGCACAGAAAUCUCCAGAGUUGCAAGAAGAGUUUCUAUAUAACUCAGAAACUCAAAGAAAUUUGACUAAAAAUGGUGAAACACUACUAGGGGCCUUAAACUUUUUUGUUUCUUCCGUAAACACACUUUGUAAUAAAACUAUUGAGGACACUUUGCUAACAGUACGACAAUAUGAAACAGCAAGAAUAGAAUACGAUGCCUAUAGGACAGAUCUUGAAGCAUUAGCACAAGCAACAAAAUCUGAUGGUACUAAUGCAGCGAGAUUAGAAGAGGCACAAGCUAAUUAUGAAGAACAUAAACAAAAUUUUGAGAAAUUACGCUCAGAUGUUUCGAUUAAACUUAAAUUUUUAGAUGAGAACAGGAUCAAAGUAAUGCAUAAACAGCUACUGUUGUUCCAUAAUGCAGUAUCUGCCUACUUUUCUGGAAAUCAAACUGCACUGGAAGCAACAUUGAAGCAAUUUAAUAUAAAAGUUAAAUCUCCAAAUUCGUCUUUACCAUCGUGGCUCGAACAGUAGUUACAUUAGAAGAAGUAAAUGCAAUUAUUUUGAAGAAUACAAAGAAGGGGAUGCAUUCGUCCAUACGAAUUUUUCUUCAAACAACAGAAUGUGACAAAGGUAGAACAUCCUUCGAAUCCUUACAAAUCUGUUAGGCAACACUGUUGUUACGGUUUCUGUCAGUUUAAAUUAUUUUUGAGGCAGGAAUGAAUUAUAACAUAAAGACAGACUGACUUUUUUUUAAAUUAUACUUCAAAUAUUGGCCAUUUUCAGGUAUAUGGCAUCAAAACAAUCAGUGCAUUUUAAUUAUAUGAUUACUUAUGUGCAACAUUAUUAGCAGUUAAGAAUAUGUCUGUUGACGGUAAAGAUUCUCUUUAUUCGAUAGUAAUGCUUACAAAACCAUAAAGGCAAUAGAUAUUUAAUUUUUAUAUCUAACUUCUUAGAGAAGUACUAAUUGUAAAUACAUGAAAUACGAUAAACUGAGCUUUGAAUUUUACAAUAUGUAUAAAACAGUAUUAAUUGGUUGUUUAUAUUACAUUUUGCACCAAAAAAAUAGAUAUAUUCCCGAUGCUAGUAAGAAAACGCUAUUGAUGGCUGGAAAUCCAUAGGUACUUUAUUGUACUUUUCAUUCCAUUUUAAAUAUUGAAUGUAUCAAUUGAAUUUCAUUUAUGGUACAUUCAAGGUAAUCUUUCGGAAUACAAAUCUAUUCUUUGUUUAUGUACUGCAUUUAACAUAUUUAAUUUCAUUGAACAAAAGAAGAGUACCGAAGCAAAUACUUUAAUACUUCCAAUUUUCUGAUCUGAAGCAUUUAUACAUUUUAGUUAUAUUUAGAUAUCAGCAUUAUUAUCUUUUUUCGAUACAUGCUGAUUAUUUUUAUAUCGAAAUUAACUAUCUUUAGAUAUUCAGAAACGAAAUAAGUUUUCAAACGCCAUACUUAACAUAACCAUACUUCUGAAUUAACUUAAAUAUUUUUCUUAUGCUCGUUUUUAAUAUGCAUGAGAAACUGCUUAUAUGUGAAUUUACUUAAUAUGAAAAUUUUCAUUGAUAAAAUAAUUUAUUAAUUAACAUUCUCAUAUUCAUUAAUUUAUCGCUGUAACAAAAAUUCAUAUGUAUGUGCAAAACAGUUACAUUUGUAACACUAAUUGCAAUAUUAUAAAAUGUAAUGAUUGAUGUGUCAUUAUGAUUUAUUUUGCAGAGAAUAUAAAUUUAUUUAACUGUUCAUUAUAUGCAAUUAUUUUCUAUUGAAAAUAUUUGUUUAAAAAAAAGAAAUGUUCAACUUUUGAAAAGCUGAACAAACUAGUCAUAUUUUUUAAGCGAAUUGUUAAAAAUUCAAUAAAUUGAAAAUAUGUUUUAUAUUUAUUUUCAUGUAUGCUGAGAUUAUUUGUGUUUAAUUUUUUUCUUCAAAUCAAGAGUACAUAAAGUCUGUACCAAAAUAUCACAGAUUACGCUUCAUAUAUAGACAAUUUUUAGUAUAGAUGAAGUAAAUGUAUGUAUAUUGUCACAAUUGUUUGUUGCUUACACUCAUAGUUUACAUUAAAAUUGAUAGUAAAUUACAAUAUAACAAAAAAAUUAAUCUAUUAAUAUUAUAUCAUGAAUAUGUUUUUUCAUAAUUUUUUUAAUGAAAUUCUUCCUACGUGUUCAUGAUGUAAAUCUUUUAAUGUAUGUAAAACAAUAUGUGUAAUCUAAUCACAUGUGAAAUAUACAUGAAAUUCACAGCAUUUUCAAAAUUCCUGCAAAUUGUUAUGAUUAUAAAUCUUACAUUCAUCAUUGGAACAGCAGAACUUACAAAACUUAUAAACUAUGACAUACUAAUAGUAUUUUAAGUUUUAUGUGAUUCAUAUUCAUUUAUGAAUGAUCUCUGACCAUUAAUGAAUUUUUUAAAUAUUUUGCUAUGAUAAUAGAGGAAAUACAUUCCAUUGUUCAACAAAGUUUAUUAGGGGCGUUUAACCAAUAAAAGGAUAUUGUAAUAAAAUAAAAGUGGAAUCUUAUAUUAUUAGUUAAAAAUAACAAUGCAAAGCAACAUUGAGUAAUGAGCAUUAAUGAAAUAUGCAAUUCAAACACUUUUUGAUUUGUAAAAUGUAUUGUAGCUAAUGUAUUAUGUUCCUAAUCAUGAUGUUAUUGUGUGUAUAUUAUGUGUAUACAAAUUCCUAAUAAUAAAUGACUGCUUAUAUAUUUUGGUUUGUACAGAGUUA